AUGAGUGACCAGGCUUCCCUUUCUUCACCACUGCCUGGAUCAGGGGCAGAAGUCGGUCCUUCCUCAUCACUGGAGUCUACAGGAUGUUGUGAAGAACACAAGGAGUACCUGUCAUUGUUCUGUUUGGAUGACCUGGAGCCCUUAUGUAAACAAUGUGCUGCCGACAGCCACGCAUACCACAGGGUUUACCUUUUAGCCGAGGCUGCAAUUGACUGCAAGGAGGAGCUAAAAACAUCUUUAUCUGGUUUGAACAUGAAGUUGAAAAACUUUGAAGAUGUCCUUCAGAUGUGCAAAAAGGAAUCCAAACGCAUUCAGACUGAGUCCAAACUCAGAGAGGAGACUUUGAAAGAAGAAAUCACAAAACUCCAUCAGUUUUUGAGAGAAGAGAAGGCCUCCAGGCUUCGCACACUGAUGGAGGAGAUGGAAGAAAAGACAAGGAAGGCUGAGGAGAGGAUGAACAGACUGAGUGAGGUGAUAACACCUCUGGAGGAAAAGAUCCAGCUGACAGAAAGAGAGCUCCAUGAAGAAGGAGAUGGAUUUGAAUAUUUACAGGGGUACAACAAUGCAAUGAGUAGCACAUGGUGUGGUGAUAUGAAGCCUGAAAGGAUUCACAGACCUUUAAUCAAUGUAGCAAAACACUUAGGGAACCUCCGCUAUGCCGUUUGGGAGAAGAUGAAACAAAUCGCCCCCUAUGCUCCGGUGAUUCUGGAUUCAAGAACAGCAGGCGAGGUUGUGAGGGUGUCUUCAGAGCUGAACAGUUUUCAUAUCACCUCUGGACCCUCACAGAGAGCAGAUCAGCACAUAAAUGAGGCUAUUCCAGCCAACCCUGAACAUUUCCACCCCCAGACCUGCAUUCUGGCAAGAGAUGGCUUUAACACAGGGGUACACUGCUGGGACAUUGAGGUUGGUGAUACAAGCAGCUGGACAGUUGGUGUAGCUGACAAAGACUAAACAUGAAGCACGUCAACAAUCUGGACUCUGGUGUAUCAGUCUUAAGGAUGGAGAAUACCAAAUUCUCACAACUCCCACUCAGACCCUCGACCUUGGCAACUCGCAUCGCCUCACCACAGUCCGUAUAAGACUGAACUGUGAAGGAGGGACACUAGAAUUCAUAGAUGCUGAUGCAGAUGCAUCAAUUUUUACCUUUUCUCAUUGUUUCACAGAGACAGUCUAUCCCUCUGUUUGAGUGUAGCUCUUUAGUUGGUAGAGUUGCAGUUUUGGAACAGGCAGUGACAAUCAGACUAGGCUCAGAUUAUGUUCCCCUAAAAGAUACUGUGACUAUUUCAGAGGAUCAGAACACAAAAGGCAACCUGCCCACAAAGAAAGAUACAGCAGAAAAUGUAAUGAGAGAAAUGGAUGCUGAACAUUUGAUUUGGGAAAUGAAGACAAGAGAAAUGUGUCCUUUGAAAAAGAAAAAGCAACAAAACCAAUUGAAAAAGAGGAGACAUCGAACAUAAAAAAAAUGGUGGGAGACUGAGUAGAAA